GACGUUUCCGUAGUCGUUUCUUUAUUACUUCCGCUUCCUGUCGUCAAACUGACUCCAAGAUGGCGACGUUAGUUCUGGACAACGGAGCCAACAUGGCGAAGAUCGGACACAGCCACGAGGAGGCCAGUGUCAUCCCAAACUGCCAGUUUCGCUCCAAGACGUCCAGAUUAAAAACCUUCACAGCCAAUCAGCUGGAUGAGAUCAAGGAUCCUUCAGGUCUCUUCUACAUCCUCCCCUUCCAGAAGGGUUAUCUAGUCAACUGGGACGUCCAGAGGAAAGUGUGGGACCAUCUGUUUGGAAAAGAGAUGUUUAAGGUGGAGUUUGCAGACACCAGCAUCGUCAUCACAGAGCCAUACUUUAACUUCUCCUCCAUCCAGGAGUCCAUGAAUGAGAUCCUGUUUGAGGAGUACCAGUUCCAGUCAGCUCUCAGAAUAAAUGCCGGCUCUCUCAGCGCUCAUCACUACUUCCACACUAAACCGUCGGAGCUCUGCUGUUUGGUGGUCGACAGUGGGUUCUCCUUCACCCACAUCGCCCCCUACUGCCGCAGCAGGAAAAUGAAGGAAGGCAUCCGCAGGAUCAACGUAGGAGGGAAGCUGCUGACCAAUCAUCUGAAGGAGAUCAUUUCAUAUCGACAGUUACACGUCAUGGAUGAAACGUAUGUGAUCAACCAGGUGAAAGAAGAUGUUUGUUAUGUCUCCCAGCAGUUUUAUAAAGACAUGGAGAUCGCACAGAUGAAGGGGGAGGAGAACUCUGUGAUGAGGGAUUAUGUUCUUCCAGAUUUCAGCUCCAUCAAAAAAGGUUUCUGUAAGCCACGAGAGGACAUGGUCUUCAGUGGAAAGUACAAGACAGGAGAGCAGAUCUUGAGGCUGGUCAACGAGCGCUUUGCUGUUCCUGAGAUGCUCUUCCACCCGGCAGACAUUGGCAUCCAGGAGAUGGGCAUCCCAGAGGCCAUCGUGGACUCCAUCCAGUCUCUGCCUGAAGACAUGCAGCCACACUUCUACCAGAACAUCGUCCUGACCGGAGGGAACACUUUGUUUCCGGGCUUCAGAGAGCGACUGGAGGCAGAGCUGCGAUCACUCGCCCCCGCUCACCUUCCCGUGUCCGUCCUGCUGCCUUCAAAUCCGAUCUGUUAUCCGUGGGAAGGAGGCAAGCUGCUGGCUCACAGUCCGGACUACGACGAGAUUGUGGUGACACGAGAGGACUACGAAGAGAACGGACACUGUAUCUGUGAAGAAAAGUUUGAUAUUUGACUGAAACUCUGAAGAUUAGCUGACUGUUUAUUUCUCAUGUUUCAUCAGUGCUUUAUAUUUUUAUACGUGUGUGUGUGUGUGUGUGUGUGUUUGUGUGUGUGUUCAUGGUGGACUCAACACUUUCUUUAUUAUUGUAAGUAAAGUGUGAACAGACUUUUUCAUAUUAAAAUUUACACAUGGA